CGUUGCUUUCCUUGACGCGCGCGCACACCCCAGGGCUAGUGAGGUAGCCGUAGCUCCGGCAAUGGCCGCUCUCACCGUGCGACAGCGGUGGCUUGUGGCCCUCCUCGUCGGCCUCCUCGCCGCGGUCCAGGUGGCUGACGGGGCGCCGUGGUUCUGGCCGCCGGGAGGGGACGACCCCGGCGGCUGCCUGAGCUGGCGGGUGAUGGUGGAGGCCAACAACGCCAAGUUCUGGCGCGCGGUGCCGGCGCCCUGCGUCGGCUACGUCUGGGCCUACAUGUCCUGGGGCCAGUACGGCCGGGACGUGAGCAGCGCGACGGACCAGAUCGCCGCCUACGCCAGCCAGACCCCCGCCGCCGGCGACGGUCUCGACGCCUGGGUCCUCGACAUCGACGACACCUGCCUCUCCAACCUGCCCUACUACCAGGCCAAGCAGUUCGGGGCUUACGAUCCGACGGCGUUCAAAGCGUGGGCGAGCAGAGGGACGUGCCCGGGGAUUCCGGCGAUGGUGAGGCUGUUCUGGACGCUCAAAGGGGGAGGCUUCAGGGUUUUUCUUCUCUCCGGGAGAGACGAGGAGGCUCUCGGCGCGUCCACGGCCGCCAACCUCGCCGCAGCCGGUUUCGCCGGGUACGACCGGCUCAUCUUGAGGAGCGCGGCGUACCGGGGGCAGAGCUCGGUGGUGUUCAAGUCGGCGGAGCGCCGGCGGCUGGUGGAGGAGGGGUACCGGAUCCGCGGCAACGUCGGCGACCAGUGGAGCGACCUGCAGGGCGACUGCGCCGGCGACCGCGUCUUCAAAGUGCCCAACCCCAUGUACUUCGUCCCCUGACCGCCCAAACAAUGUACUACUAGUAUGUAACAUGCAAAUAACGUGACGGCGAAGCACCGCCAUAGGUGGCCGUGUAUCCCCGCCCCAGGUGGGGUUUGGACUCUAGCUGCCGCCGCGCGCAUCACCCGCACCGGUAUAUACAAUCAUAUCU